UUUUACAUUUUGCCAAUUUUUAUAUUUUCAAAGAAUAUUUUUCAUUGCAGCUUCUUCAUCGCGAUCAUUUAAUAGUUUUUAAAAUUUUUAUCUUUUUCCUAUUUUGGAAAAAUCUCGAAUAUUAUUUUAGAUAUACAAUCGAUUAAUAAAUGGCUCGGGCUUUUAUUGAUGAUGAAUGUGAAGAGGAUUUGGAAGAAAUGGAAAUAGAUGAAGAAGAGGAAGAGGAAGAAGGUAAUGAUGACGCUGAUUUUAGCUUUCGAGAUGUUAGGGCAUCAUUACCUCAACGAAAUCGUCAUCAACCUUCUCAAAAUAAUAUUUUAAUGCCUCCUGGACAGCGUGGAGCAGAUCAUAUUGAAAUGUUUCAAUUUAUAGAGCAAGGAGUUAAUUAUAGUGCAAAAAUUGUUGAUUUAUUAUCAAAAAGUAAAAAUAUUGAACAAUUAAAAAGAAUGGAAACACUUAUUGGACGACUUUCAAAUUUUGAUAAAGAUAUGGAUAUCGACAGACGGGCAAUUGAUGAAACAAACCGACAAUUUUCUAAAGACAAUUCUGACAAAAAGAUUUUAAAUGCACAGUUUAAGAAAAUUAGAAAAUCUCUUCAAUUAGAAAAUCCUGGAAGAAAUCAACAAGAAAUUGAACAAAUUAGUUCCCGUUUAAAAAAUUAUAUAAAAAUAAUUCAACAACCAGAACAUCAAAAUACUCAAGAAAAUAAUGAAAUGGGUGAAGAAAGUGGAGAAGAUGAGGAAGAUGAUAUGGAAAUGCUUGACGUUUAUUUAACUGAUAAGGAUCCACUUACUAAAAAACCUAUUCGUGAACCCGUUAAAAAUCCGAUUUGUGGACAUGUUUACGACCGUGAAUCGGUGGAAGAACAUAUUAAAUUUCAAAAGAGCCGUCGUCAACUUUACCAAUGCCCAGUUCAAAGAUGCACAAACAUGCAAUUGUUGAAAAUGGAGAUGUUAAUGCCUUUUCCUGAAUUUUUUCAACUUGUACGCCGUGCUCGUAGUCGUUCACGUGCACGCAGCCGAUCUCGAGGAGCUAAUUUAUCGCGUCAAUCAUGUUCUAAUUCAAAUAAUGAGGAAGAUGAAGUUAUUGCGAAAUCUCCGUAA